UUUACACUUCGAUGGCCACCAGGGGUUGCCUGCUUAAAAUAUUCUUACCGGGCGAUUUUCCUGAUCUGUCCAGCGGCUCCUUGCGUCAAAUAAUAGUGCAGGAAAAAUCCGAAGUUUUUAUAAACGUUGAAGCUAACACUUUAAAAACGUUUCCUCAAGUGAGGGCGCUACCUAAAGAACAACGAAAAUGCAAAUUCUCUUAUGAAGAAGAAACCGAAUUUGGCCAUUACACUUCAAGUAACUGUUUUGUCAGCUGCAAAUUGAAAAGUAUCCGAUUGUUAUGCAAUUGUGUGCCUUUUAUGAUGCCUCUCUCAAACAAAAGUGAUAUGGAUAUGUGCAAUUUAGUUGAUAUUCCUUGUUUGAGUAGAUAUAAAGGCAAAUGGCUCAGAUAUUAUCCGUUCGAGACAGUGGAAAAAGGUGGAUUGAAUUUGGACUUUGAAGAUUCGCUUUCUUGCAGUGGAUGUUUGCCCAAUUGCAAUGACGUUUUGUAUUCUAUUGAUACUAAUUAUAUUGAAUUUUAUUCUGAGGAUUUUGAUAAUAAUUAUCCGAAUAGUUCCAGGAUUCAUGUCUUUUCAAACAAAGCGUUUACAAACCACUAUAAGAAGUUUUUAACGGUAACUUGGUACGAAUCUCUAAGUACUUUUGGUGGAAUAGUGUCUCUUCUAUUAGGCAUGAGCAUAAUAAAUUUUGUAGAAAUUGCUCUAUUGCUUGUAAAGCUGUUAGUUUUUAAAAUUAAAAUGCUUUAA